AUGGCUGCUCUGAAUCCUCCCCAUUUUACACGGGUAUUCAUCCGAUACUUUUGCCUCUACCACUUGCUACUGUCUCUCCACCUGCCUCCCCGUGCUUCCUCGCUUUCGUUCAACUCCAAUUUUUCCCUGCCCCGCAGCUACAACCCACAAGAUUUCAUCCUUCAGGGCGAUGCAUACUUCGACUCCCAGAUGAUCGAGCUGACAAAGAACGACCAGAGCCAAAAAAUCCAUGACAGCGUGGGCCGCGUGGUGUACGCGCAGCCGGUGCCGCUCUGGGAUGUCGCCACCGGCAAGCUCGCAACAUUCAACACCACCUUCUCCUUCCAAAUCAAGCCCGAGGACGGUGCAGUUACCGGCGACGGCAUGGCUUUCUUCCUGGGCCACUACCCACCGACAAGCAUCCCGAACCCCAUUGAGAAUGGCAGGAACCUCGGCCUCUUCACCAACAACAGCAACACGAAUGCCACCGGCAACGACCGGAUCCUGGCGGUUGAGCUGGACACCUUUUUGAACACCGGCAUAGACACCAGCAACAGCCACAUCGGCAUCGACGUCAACUCCAUAAUCUCGCGGGUGUACACCAAUGUGAUGGUGCCCGGCAAGAACCUGACGUCUGGUCUCCCUAUGACCUGCCAGGUUAGCUAUGACAAUAACACACAAAUCUUAACCGCCACUCUCAAGAUCGGUGACGUGGCCUACCACGUCGACACCAGUGCCGACCUGAGGCAGCUCUUGCCUAGUGUCGUGGCCAUCGGCUUCUCGGCUGCAACCGGGGCAGCCGUCGAGCUACACCGGAUACUGUCUUGGUCAUUUGAGUCCAGCUUAGAUAUGUCUCCACCACCCGAGCCUCAACCACCUGCUGCUACUAAACCUAAACCUAAGAGCCACUCAAAGCUCCCCUGGCCCUCGAUAGUAGCUAUUAUUAUUUCUUGUGGGUGUGUAGUACUAUUAGUUUCUGGGUUGGUCGUGGUCUUCUGUUGCUGCCGGCACACACGAAAUAACGACCUAGAUGAGGCUCCCCCUAGAGCUGGUGUCCCCAUGCAGAUGCAGAUGCAGACGCAGGACGUGGUACUACUACUAGUGGACCCGGUAAACAACUUGGCUAGCAUCGCCAGAAGUUUCCAGUAUGAUGAGCUUGUCGAAGCGACAAACAACUUUGCUGAGGAUACGAUGCUGGGAAGAGGGGGCUCUGCAUCUGUGUAUCGGGGCCGAUUGACUAAUCCAGACAAACUGGUGGCGAUAAAGAGGUUCAAUGGGCAAGCAUCAGACGCGGAAAAGGGGUUAUUCCAGGCUGAAAUCAAGGCCAUCAGUGGACUGAGGCAUCGGAACCUGGUAGAGUUAGUAGGCUGGUGCAAUGAUGUCGGCAACAACCAUCUCUUGCUAGUUUACGAGCUUGUAUCACAGGGUAGCCUCGACGAACACUUGCAUGGGGACAAGAGCUGGUUGUCAUGGCCAAAGAGGUACAGGAUCAUCCUUGACACAGGGUGUGCCCUAGAGUACAUCCACAAACAAUGCAAUGAUUGUGUCUUGCACGGUGACAUUAAACCUUGUAACAUAUUGCUCGACGAAAGGUAUCAAGCUAAGAUAACAGACUUCGGUUUGGCAAGGCUGAUUGAUCACGAAACACAGCAAAAGACGACACAAUGUCCAGCCGGGACCCCAGGGUAUAUAGACCCGGAAUUUUUGGAAACGGGCAAGCGGAGUAGGGAGUCAGAUGUCUACAGCUUUGGCAUCGUUUUGCUGGAGAUUGUUUCAGGCCGGCGUCCUGCUGGCAGCCGAUUGCUAACAGAGGUAAGGAAUCGGCACAGCAGAAACGCGAUCGUUGAAGCAAUAAAUCCACGGCUGCUGGCCGAGUCAACCAGUAGGGAUCACGACGAACGCAAGAUGGAGCGUGUGCUGCUCAUCGGGCUCUGGUGCACACACCCCGACCCAACCAAGCGUCCACUCAUCGCAGAAGCCAUGAAGACACUCGAAUCAGAUGAUGAGAAUUUGGAGAUCCCUGCACUGCCGCAUCAUGUGGCUGAGCCAUUAGGUCACAGCGCCUCCUCAAGUGAGAAUUCUAGCGUGCACGCCUCCACAGCUCAUGAUCAAGAUUUUCUAGCUCGUUAG